ACGAUGCAGUGGUGCUGAUGCUGCGCUUCUCUGAAGCCCGGAGAGCUCACGUUAUAUUCUCCACGGCUGGUUGGUCGUUAAAUGUUAUUCUUCCUUUUUCUCAGAAUUUUUUUAACAGCAAACUAGGUGCAGCUUAACUCUAUCUUGACUGGAUUCCUACCGCGGAGAUGUGUGCUUGAUCAUGGCCGCAAAAGUGUCAUCAGCCUUAACUUCAAAUGGUAAGAAAAGGUCGAAUUUAACUAGCAGCGUCAGUCAAAUGAAAUCUGGUAAAUCUGGUGGAGAAGCUAAACCAGUGGUGGGAGAGGGGAUUCGCACUGUGAAUAUAGAGCAACAUGGAACGCAUCCCCACGAACUAAAUCCAACCAGUUUAGCUCGAGCUUCGACUGGGCACAGAACGUAUCCACUUGAGAAAGAAGGGGAAGAGAAAUCAGAUUUUUUUUCUACUUCGAUUUCCAGCAUGACUUCAAGUAUGGAGACGGGAAUGCUUGGUAAUCAUAAAGUGAAAAAUGUUAGCGGCGGAGAUCCUCCUCCUCCAUCUCACCACCUCACACCUCCACAGCAACAGUCGCUGCCAUUCAAUCAAUUCACCCAGCAUCAACGCCAAAUUCAUAACAACAUUACGAACAACCAACCGCCAACACAGGGAGAGAGUGGAAACCGUCAACAUGGAGGAAAAGAGAAUAUUUUAGGGAAUCAAGUCGAACGCCAUCAGCAGUUGAUGAACAAAAGUGAAGAGGAGAACCAACAGUGCAAAACGGAGGACCGGAUGGACAGCAGGUACGAUCAUGCCAGUUCGGGACCAACGAAUAACAACAUCAACAACACGUCUCAAAGUGGGAACAGCUCAGUUACAGAGUUUAAUAAUUAUUAUGGGAAUGGAAGAGGAGGGCCUUGCUUUGAUCAACAUGGCGGACAACAAAGCCCCGGGACUGGGAUAAUGCAUUCGGUACAGAACACUAUGGAUCAAGUUCAGAACUCACACGAAGGUUACCACAAUAGCCCGUAUAACCACUACCAGAACUAUCGACCUGGUUACGGCAACAGUGGAUACGGAAUGAUGAGCCCCUCGCGGCAGGGGAAUAACAUAAUGGGCCCGGGCAGCAAUACUGCUGUUGCUAAUCAUAGCAAAGCUGCCAUGUCUGCUGCUUCUUCUCCGAGUGGUAAUGUAGGAGGAUUUCAAAGAUUUCCAGGGCAAAGUCAGCAGCAUCCUUCGGGGGCUACCCCGACUCUAAACCAGCUACUGACAUCUCCAAGUCCGAUGAUGCGAGGCUAUGGCAGUGGCUAUCAAGAUUACAGUAAUCCCUCUGCACAACAACAAUCAAGCAUGGGGCUGGCUAAAGACAUAGGCUCUCAAUAUGGUUCGGCUACUCAUGGCUGGGGAGGACAACAAAGAAAUCACCCUACAAUGAGCCCUGGGAACAACGGACAAGGAGGCAGCAGGUCCCAGGUUCAACCCGUGGACGCAAUGGCGAUGAAGCGCUCCCAACUCUACAACAUGAGCAACAAUCCGUACUCCCAGCAGCAGGCAGGGCCCUACUCUGGCCAGCCAUAUGGAUCGCCCCCUCCUCACCGCUACCCCAUGGGAAUGCCUGGAAGGGGUCAGAUGAGCAUGGGUGGAAUGCAGUACCCUCAACAGCAGCAGAUGGCAGCUCAGUAUGGGCAGCAGCAGCAGCAGCAGCAGGGCAUGAGCGGGUACAGCCAGCAGGGGCAGCCCCCGUACUUCAGCCCCGCCCAGCAGCAACAGCAGCCCGCCGCCCCCACACAGCCACCUUACAUGCAGCCACGCCCACCCCCACAGCAGGAGGUGCCACAGGAUGGCUAUGGCAGCAGGGGCCAGUCUGCUAUGACCCCUGGGAAGCCCAGCCAUGAGGAGAUGGGCCUCAGCCAACAGGAGAGACCAUCCAGCUUACCUGACCUGUCGGGUUCCAUCGACGACCUCCCCACAGGGACGGAGGUGGCCGUCAGCUCGUCCGUCAGCGCCUCGGGCUCCACCAGCAGCCAGGGCGAGCAGAGUAACCCCGCCCAGUCGCCCUUCUCGCCCCACGUGUCGCCACGGCUCCCUGGGUUACGCAGCGGCCCCUCCCCCUCCCCGGUCGGCUCCCCUGUCGGCUCCAGCCAAUCACGCUCCGGACCCAUAUCACCCGCUAGUGUCCCAGGCAGCCAGAUGGCGCCGCAGACCCACGGGAGCGUGUCAGACGUGGGCUCCCAUUCCACCCUGAGCCGGUCGCCCAUGUCCCAGGAGAGAGGGUUCCCACCUGCCCUGCAGAGGAAUGCCCCGGGCCCCCAGUUUGGAACCCAGCAGUCUGGCCCCCCCAUGUCUCCUCACCCUCCUCCUGGGGGGUCAAUGCACCAUGGCUCCUACCAGCAGGGGGCCCCUACCUAUGGCCCUCAGUCUGGGCAGUACGGCCCCCCAGGUAACUACCCCAGGCCCCCUAACUACGGAGGGGCUCCCAGUGCCAGCUACAGUGGGCCUGGCCCUGGCAUGGGCAACAGCCUAGGCAUGAACGCCAGCAGCCCCAUGCACGGCCAGGGUCCCGGGCAGCCUUGCGGGUCUAUGCCUGCCGGGCGAGGCCUGGGGCCGGGGCCCGGUGGACGCCCAUACCCAGGGGGCACCAACACCAUGGCCCCCACCUCCCCCAGUAUGCCGCAGCCCGCCGGUCAGGGCAUGGGACCACCUGCGCCCAACGCCAGCCGCAAGCCGCACGAGGCGGGCCCCAACGCCAUGCAGGCGGCCAACUCUGCCCAGGGAAGGCCUCCCUACGCGCGCUCCCCCGCCUUCCAUGGGCCGUCCUGGCCUGGGCCGCGCCCUCCUCUCUCUCCUUCUCCUCACCCUUCCCAUCCCCAUCCUCACCCCCAUCCCCAGACCUCACCUCACCCCCAUCCCCAAACCUCACCCCAUCCUCACCCCCAAACCUCACCUCACCCCCAUCCCCAGACCUCCCCUCAUCCUCACCCCCAAACCCCACCUCAUCCUCACCCCCAUCCCCAGACCUCCCCUCAUCCUCACCCCCAAACCUCACCUCAUCCUCACUCCCGUCCCCAGACUUCACCUCAUCUUCACCCCCAUCCCCAGCACUCCCCUCAUCCUCACCCCCAACCCUCAACUCAUCCUUACUCCCACCCCCAACCCUCACCUCAUCCUCACUCCCACCCCCAACCCUCACCUCAUCCUCACUCCCACCCUCAACCCUCACCUCAUCCUCACUCCCACCUUCAACCCUCCCCUCAUCCUCACGCCCAUCAUCAAAGCUCACCUCUUCCUCACCCUCGUCCCCAAAUCUCACCUCACCAUCACCUUCAUCCCCAAACCUCACCUCUUCCUCAUCUCCAUCCCCAAACUUCACCUCACCCCCAUCCCAAAAGUUCACCUCACCCUCACUCCCAUCCCCAGACAUCUCCUAAUCCUCACCCUCAUCCCCAAGCCUCACCUCACCCUCAUCCUCACCAUCACCCUCAUCCCCAAACCUCACUUCAUCCUCACCAUCACCCUCAUCCCCAAGCCUCACCUCAGCCCCAAUCCUCACUUCAUCCUCACCAUCACCCUCAUCCCCAAGCCUCACCUCAGCCCCAAUCCUCACCUCAUCCUCACCAUCACCCUCAUCCCCAAGCCUCACCUCAGCCCCAAUCCUCACCUCAUCCUCACCAUCACCCUCAUCCCCAAACCUCACCUCACCCCCGUCCCCAAGCCUCACCUCCCCCUCCCCCUCCCCCCCCCCAGGUCAGCAGUGUUCUGGGCCAUCCCACCAUGCUGCUGGCUGAGCAGCGCGGGCAGGGAAGCUACCCGGGUAUGUCUCCCAUGGGCGGGGUGGGCCCCGGUGCCCCCUACAGCCAGCAGCCAGGGAACAAUUCUGGUAGGAUGACCCCACAAGGAUCCCCCUACAACGCCCCACCCUCAGGGCCCAUGAUGAUGUCAGGCGACGGGCCGGGAGGUCCCCCAGAGGCCAAGCAGAGGGUGGAGCUCAACAAGGAAGGGGCUGCUCCCGUGGCCGAGCCCCCAAAACCUAAGAAGCCCAGCCCUGCCACCAUGACCAAUGAGAAGAUCACGCGGCUGUACGAGAUGGGCGGUGAGCCUGAGAGGAGGAUGUGGGUGGACCGCUACCUGGCCUUCAUGGAGGAGAGGGGCACCCCUGUGCCAAACCUGCCCGCCGUGGGCAAGAAGCCCCUGGACUUGUGCCGCCUCUACCUGUGUGUGCGGGAGAUUGGAGGGUUGGCCAUGGUCAACAAGAACAAGAAGUGGCGCGAGCUGUCCACCCACCUGAGCGUGGGCACGUCCAGCAGCUCGGCCAGCUCUCUGAAGAAGCAGUACAUCCAGUACCUGUUCGCCUACGAGUGCAAGGUGGAGCGAGGGGAGGAGCCCCCUCCAGAGAUCCUGGCCACUGGAGACAAGAAGAACCAGACCCACCAGGCCAGGAUACAGCCGCCCUCCCCCGCCAACUCUGGCUCUCUGCAGGGCCCCCACACCCCCCAGUCUACAGGAAGCAGCUCCAUGACAGAGAUGCCGGUGGACCUGAAGCCCCCCACCCCGGCCUCCACCCCCCACAGCCAGAUAAGCCUGCAGUCCAGCGGCAGGAACAGUGUUGGGAUCAGCGUUCAGGACCCGUUCUCAGAGGGCAGUGACCCAGCGUUCCACAGGCGUGGGCCCCUGCCCCCCGCCGCCUCCUACCAGCAGGGAGGAGGUACUGCAGAGCCCUCAAUGAGGAUGCAGUACGACAGCAACAAGGACCCCUAUGUGGGCCCCAGGAAAGUACCAGGUGGCAGUGAGUCCUAUGGUCCAGGUGCCAUGCCCACCGGUGCCAUGCAAGACAUGUACCCCCGUGGCCCGCCCUCUGGAGCCAUGCCAGGGAUGGGAAUGGGCCCGCGCCCCCAGUACCCCUACGGGCCCGGCUACGACAGGAGACCAGACCAUGUGAUGGGGCCAGAGGGGGGUAUGGUGCCCCCUGGGGGUCAGAACAACAUGGGGCCUUCCAGCAACGACCCCAGCAUGUAUCCUGGUAACAGAUUCCCUCACCAGAGGCCUGGGCACGAGGGUUAUGGACAGCAGUAUCCUCACGGCCCCUACGUCUCCCACCAGCCCGGCAUGUACCCUCAGCAGCAGGGGUACAAGAGGGCGGUUGAGGGGAUGUACGGUCCCCCGGCCAAACGCCACGAGAGCGAGGCCUACGGGAUGCAGUACGGGGGCCAGCAGGGCGACGUGUAUGCCCAGUACGGGGGGGGCUACAUGGGGCCCGAGCGAAGGCCCAUGCAGGGCCAGUACCCCUACCCCUACCCCAGGGAGAGGAUGCCACCUGGGGCCCAGGGACCCCCCCAGCAUGGCAUGAUGAGCGGGGGACCCCCCCCAUCCUCCUCUGGAGCCUCUGGAGAGUGGCCCAGGACAGACAUGGGCUACCCCUACCCUGGCCGGCAGCCCCAGGGGCCCCCGUACCCUGGCAUGGGUCGGGGGGAGGAUCCGGAGGGCAGGGGCCCCCCAGACGGCCAGUGGACCAACCACCCGGGCCAGCGCCAGCCCCCUUACCCACCCCACUCCUCCACCUCCUCCUCCUCCAUGCCCCCCCGACAGCCCUCCUCCUCGUACCAGUCCAACCCUGCCAUGUCCAACCACAUCUCCAGAGCGCCCAGCCCCUCCUCUUACCCCCGGCCCAUGGGCGGCUCCCUGUCCCCCAACAGCAGCCACUACCUGGCCUCCAUGAAGAAGGUAGGGAUGCCCGGGGCCAUGCCAGGCUCUCACAGCGGAGGGCUGCCAGGCCAGGCCAUGCCACCCAUCCACAGGGAGAUCAACUACCCGUCUGGCUCCGUGGAGGCCACCCAGCCCCAGCUGAAACCCAGACGCAGGAUCACCUCCAAGGACACAGGGACCCCGGAGGCGUGGCGUGUGAUGAUGUCGCUGAAGUCGGGGCUGCUGGCUGAGAGCACGUGGGCCCUGGACACCAUCAACAUCCUGCUGUACGACGACAACACAGUGUCCUCCUUCAGCCUCACACAGAUGCCUGGCUUCCUGGAGCUGGUGGUGGAGUAUUUCCGCCGAUGCCUGAUGGAGAUCUUCGGGAUCCUGGAGGAAUACGAGGUAGGCACAGAGGGUCAGAAGACACUGCUGGGACCAAUCACUGAUGCCCUAGAGGACAUGGAGGAGGAGCCUCCUGCCGUUCAGGAGCCAGACAGCCAAUCGGAGGAGGAGCAGCAGAGAGAAAGCAAUUCCGAGGCGGGGACAGAGAGACCUACGUCCAAUGGAGGCACGGAGGGGGCGGGCCUGGAGGAGAGGAAGGAGGAGCAGCAGCCUGUGGUGGUCACGGUGAAAGAGGAGGAGAUGGAGGAGGGGACGCCCACAAACCAGGCUGAGCCCGUCCAGCAACAAGAGCCCCCUGAGCCCAGACCCAAGCAGGCCAGUAAGUACGACAAGCUGCCCCUCAAGCUGGAGGAGAAGGACAAGGAGGAGGACUCGGUGGAGGAGUGCUCGGCUGGGCUCAGCCUGCCCAGGGGCUUCACCAGCGGCCUGCUGCACUGGAAGGCUGGAGGGGGCGACUCCACGGCACACAUCCAGACCCACUUUGAGAGACGCACCGGGGGGCCUCGCCUCCACAAGCCCCUGGUGAGGGAGGAGGAGGCGUGGACCCACGAGGAAGGAGAGACGGAGACUGAGGAGAACAGAGACGAGGAGGAGGAGAAGAGAGACGACUCGGACUCCGAGGCGGCGAGCGUCGGGAAGAGCGUGUCGGCCCCCGCGGACGACGUGCCCAGCGCCGGCUUCCUGUCGGAGGGCAAGGCCGAGCCCUUCCCCUGCAGCGGCGGGCCGAGCCGGAGCCUCCUCCCCCUGCUGGAGGACGAGCCGCGCUGCUGGGACGAGGCGCCGCUCUCCGUCGCCGAGCCGUGGCAGGACGCGCUGGCCAAGCGCUGCGUCUGCGUGUCCAACAUCGUCCGCAGCCUGUCCUUCGUCCCGGGCAACGACGCCGAGAUGUCCCGCCACCCGGGGCUGGUGCUGGUCCUGGGACGCCUGGUCCUGCUGCACCACCUCCACCCCGACAGGAGACGGGCGCCCCCCAGCUACCAGCGGGAGGAAGAGCAGGGCCGGGCCUGCAGCAAGGACGAGUGGUGGUGGGACUGCCUGUCGGCGCUCAGGGAGAACACCCUGGUCACCCUGGCCAACAUCUCAGGCCAGCUGGACCUGUCGCUGUACCCAGAGAGCAUCUGCCUGCCCAUCCUGGACGGCCUGCUGCACUGGAUGGUGUGUCCCUCGGCCGAGGCCCAGGACCCCUUCACCACAGCGGGGGGCUUCUCCUCGCUCACCCCCCAGCGGCUGGUGCUGGAGUGCCUGUGCAAGCUGAGCAUCCAGGACGCCAACGUGGACCUGCUGCUGGCCACGCCGCCCUUCAGCCGGCAGGAGAAGCUGUACGCCACGCUGGUGCGCCACGUGGGCGAGAGGAAAAGCCAAGUCUGCCGGGAGAUGGCGGUGGCCGUCCUCUCCAACCUGGCGCAGGGAGACCCCACAGCGGCGCGCGCCAUCGCCCUGCAGAAGGGCAGCGUGGGAACGCUGAUCGGCUUCCUGGAGGACAGCGUAACCAUGGCCCAGUACCAGCAGAGCCCCCACAGCCUGCUGCACCCAACCGCCCCCCACCCCGAGCCCCCCAGCAUCAACAUGAUGUGCCGCGCAGCCAAGGCUCUGCUCGCCCUGGCCAAGGUGGAGGAGAACCGGCCCGAGUUUGUGCUCUACGAGAGCCGGCUGCUGGACAUCUCCCUGUCCUCAGUGCUGAACUCCUCUGUAGCGGCCAUCAUGUGUGAAGUACUGUUUAAGAUCGGUCGCUCGUGACACACACACAGGCACAAGGGGGUCGGCCUGGUCUGAAAGGGGACAACCCGGCCACCAGUGAACAGUGAACAACAAUGAACUAGGCGCUAUUAUAUUUUUAUUUAAAUAAAAUAACAUACAAAAAGUUUUUCAUACAAAUGAAUAUAUAUAGAGUAUAUACAGCUCUGCUCCAUCCACAAGUUUCUUUUGGGGAUUUUUAAGUAAUUUUAAUACAAAUAUUUAAUACCUGGUAUUUUUAAUUUUUCUAUUCUUUUAAUUUGGGGGAGGGUUUAUUUGUUUCAGCCAAAGUUGACAUCCAACAAUAAAGAACAACAGUUUGGGGCCUCUUGGUCUUCUGUCUUGUAACUAUGUGUUUUCUGUGGGAUUGUUUUGUUUGGUUGUUUUAUUUGGGGGCAGGAAAGAGGGGGGGCAGAUUUAUUUAAAAUGUGAGACAUGUUGUAGAUAGACCUCUUGCCAUGUGUUAAGAUAAAACACUGACUCUUAAAACUCAGAAUUUACAGUACAUGUAUCUUGUUCUGGAGAAGAAAAAAAUGAAUAAAAAAAGACCUGUUGUGCAAUAGGAUUUAGUUGGCUGGUUUGGGAGUGGGGGGUAGAUUAUCAAAUGUGAAUGACUUGACCACAGACAAUUUGACCAUCAGUAUUGUAGAACCAUACCAGUGUGAGUGAAGGAGGGACUCAUCCUUUUCGCUUGGCUCCGUCUGUAACCAUAGCAACUGCCAGGUAGACACAACUUUGAACGAACAGUACUGCAAGCCUUCCGUUUCCUCUGAGAGGUUCUCAUCUGUGGGCCCAACUGUAUAUAGAAGUUGUACAUUCGACAGCCUCGUUUGGUUUCUUCUCCAGAAACUGUGGUCUGAAUUAGUGAUGGUAGUGAAGCUCUUUACUAUAGCGGUCAUGCUAACUAUCAUACUUGCUCAUUUCAAGUUUAGUUGCUCUCUUAAAAUGGGGUUUCGGUCACUUGAUGUAUUUAAAAUGGUCUCUUAAUGGUCUGUUAUUUAGGUCUGUUAGGGACCUUCCGAUGGCCUCUGCUUUGAUUAAUCAUGUCUGAAAAACUAAUGUAUUUAGAUUGUACAGUUUGCAGAACAAGAUGGGCAGAACUGUAUUCCAGAAUAAUGUUGUUGAAAAUGACGUGUGACACAAAACAGUUUAACAAAUGUAAAGGUCUCUUACUUACAGGUCUCCUCCCCUUUCAUUUGAUAAACAUUGUUUAUUCAAUAUGAAAUCUUUAUACUAUAUGUUCCACAUGUUAAAAAUAAAUGUAAAUGAAAUCUGGUUGAGCACUGUGA